AUGUCGAAGAAGCAGAAGUUGCUUAUGCGCACCAGGGACAACGUGGUCGAAUUUGUCAUGCGCAUCGAGCAGUACCUGAACAGCACCGUUCAGUUCGAUCAUCAGCAGGUCAUCAUACGCAUGGAAAAGCUCGAGCAGAAGUGGAAGGAAUUCGAGGAGGUAAUGGGCGACAUAGAAGGCUUAGAGGACAACGAAGACAACCUAAAAGAACUACAGCAAUUGCGAGUGGAAUUCGAGGAAAAAUAUUACACGGUAAGGGGAGGGUUGGCGAAUAAGUUAGCGAGACAGCAUGCAACACAAAACACACAACCCAAUCACAACACCUCGAAUGUACAAGCUGCGGUUCGACUUCCUCAAAUCAAUCUGCCGGAGUUCAACGGUGAUUUUGAAAAUUGGUUGCCGUUCCAUGACACGUUUGUGGCUUUGAUUGACUCUUCUGCCGAUUUGAGUAAUAUUCAAAAAUUCCACUACUUGCGUGCUUCUCUCAAAGGCGAUGCGUUGAAAUUGGUAGAUUCUUAUUCUAUGAGCGAUGCUAACUAUAGGGUUGCUUGGGAUGGUUUGGUGGCUCGUUUCUCAAACAACUACCUUCUCAAGAAACGACAUAUGAACGCGCUUUUUGAAUAUCCGAGGAUAAAAAAGGAAUCUGCUGUUGCGUUGCAUGAUCUCAUCGAUUGCUUUGAGCGGAACACAAAAAUUUUGGAUCAACUUGGAGAGAAGACCAACGGUUGGGGUGCGAUGUUAGUGCAUUUGAUGGUUUCGAAACUCGACGAAAUUACGCAAAAGCGGUGGGAGGAAAACGUCGCACCAGAAAAGGAGCCUACAUUUACAUCGCUGGUGCAGUUUCUCAAAAAGCAGACUCGAGUUUUGGAUGCAGUUUCUGUUGAUCAGCAUAUAUUCGUUCCGACUACGUCGUCGCCACAUAAUAGUUUCAAGCCUCGAAUGGCCAAGGUUUCGGUCAACUCGGCGACUGAAAAUUUCUCCUCGAACUGUUUUGCCUGCCAAGACAAACAUUGGAUCUCUCGGUGUCCAGCCUUUGCGAAACUUCCUGUUGAUAAAAGGCUGCAACUCACCAACUCCAAGCGGUUAUGUAGUAAUUGUCUGGGACGAAAUCAUUUGGCUCGAGAUUGCCCGUCAAAGUACCGAUGCAAAACUUGCUCGAAGAAGCAUCAUUCGUUGCUGCACCCUGGUUUCCCUGGUUCUGGUUCUGGUCCCUCUUCCAAUAUCUCUCCAGCAGCGAAUGUUGACGUACAGUUACCUGGUCCAUCUUCAUCUGGUGGUGGUUCAAACCCUUCUACUACUGUGGGUCCUUCGACGGCAACAAUAUCAUCGAAUUUGGCGGUAGGAAAUACUAGGUCGCACGUGUUCCUGCAGACGGUGUUGUUGAAGGUGAAAGAUGCAUUGGGAAGGACGCACAUCGCACGAGCUCUCCUAGAUUCUGGCUCGCAGGCUAAUCUGAUGUCAAGGAGACUAUUUCAACUUCUCCGGCUUUCUCGACUGGAUAGGAAGGUGGUAAUAACGGGAAUCGGAGGAUCGCGCAGCCAAUCGGCAUUUGAAGUCUCCACCACAAUAUCUUCACGCGUCCAGAAGUAUUCAAUUGCAAUGGAAUUUCUGGUUUUGGAUAAAGUUACUGACGAUCAACCUUCACGGUCUAUUCCGUUGAUGCACUGGAAUCCUCCUUCCGAUAUAGCUCUAGCGGAUCCGGAAUUUUUUGUCUCGGCUCCGAUCGAUUUAGUGCUGGGUGCUCAAUACUUCUACGACUUUCUAGUACGUGAUGGUGGCCGGUUGCAGGUUCGAAAGUUUGGAAAUGCUCUUCCUGUGUUCGUGCAAACAAUAUUCGGAUGGGUUGCGACAGGUGAAUCCAAAUGCAUGGAUGAAAUAAGCAAUGUCAGUUGUCACGUAGCUAGAAUAGAACCGUUCGAGAAAACUAUCGAAAAGUUUUGGGCUUUGGAGGAACUUUCGAACAAAACACCAUAUUCGCAAGAGGAAGAAGACUGUGAGGCGCACUUCACUAGUACACAUACACGAGACGGUAUGGGAAGAUAUACGGUUCGUUACCCUAAACGCAUGGAUUUCUACGACAUGAUUGGAGAGUCUAAACAAGGUGCGAUACGACGGUUUUCCCAAAUCGAGAAACGCUUGGAGAAAGAUUUUGGUUUGCGUAAGCAGUAUUCAGAUUUCAUGCAAGAAUAUUUGAGUUUGGGCCACAUGAAGUGUAUAGGCGAGGCUAGCGAUCCGCAAUUGGAUGAAGGAAAAACGGUCUGUUAUCUCCCGCACCACCCGGUGUUUAAGGAGUCAAGUUCGACUACCAAGGUGCGCGUAGUCUUUGAUGGGUCUGCUAAAACGUCUACUAAUUACUCGCUGAAUGAUGCUCUGCUUGCUGGUCCAAAUAUACAAGACGAUCUCCUCGACUUGAUGCUCCGUUUCAGAAAACAUGCUGUCGCAUUAGUCGCUGAUGUCACUAAAAUGUACCGACAGAUCAGGGUUCAUGAAGACGACACACCUCUUCAGAGAAUUGUAUGGAGAUUUAGCACUGUAGAACCCCUUCAAGUGUACGAGCUCCAAACAAUCACCUAUGGUUUAACUCCAUCUUCAUUCCUUGCCACUCGAGUUUUGAAGCAACUGGCUUUGGACUCGAAGAACAAAUGGGAUCUUGCUACUUCAGCGGUGCAGGAAGAUUUCUACAUGGACGACUUUUUAUCCGGAGCUGAUUCUGUACCCGAAGCUAUCGAACUUCAAGAAGAAGUGCAAACACUGAUGUCGCAAGGAGGUCUCGAGUUGCGGAAAUGGUGCUCCAACAAGGUGGAAGUUCUGCGUAAGAUUCCCAAGGAACUGUUGGGAGGAGAGGCAACAUUGCACUUCGACGAUCUACAAAAAAUAAAAACGUUAGGAGUAGGUUGGGAGACCGGACCAGACCAGUUUUGCAUCGAGGUUCAACCACCUACACACGAGGGCUAUUUAACGAAACGCAAAAUUUUCUCGACGAUUGCAAAGCUGUACGACCCGCUUGGUUUGGUGUCACCAGUCGUGGCAUGGGCAAAAAUUCAUAUGCAGCAGCUUUGGAUUGCGAAUUCUGGAUGGGACGAUCAAGUACCAAAUGACGUUAUGGUGAAAUGGGAGGAAUUUUCUUCACAAUUACAAUGCCUGGAAGAAUACAAGGUUCCGAGAUACCUUUUCUUGCUGGGAUCAUCAUCGAUUGAAUUCCACGUGUUCACGGAUGCAUCAGAAGCAGGAUAUGGUGCAUGUAUCUACGCACGCUCGGAAGACCAGGAAGGAAACACAAAGAUUCAACUAAUUGCGGCCAAAUCCAGAGUUGCACCACUAAAACGCAUUAGUUUACCGCGACUCGAACUUUGUGCUGCUUUACUUGGGGCUAGGUUGUACGCUCGAGUAUCGAAAGCUUUGCGCAUGGAAGGUACUCGAUGCUGGUUUUGGACAGACUCGACUGUAACUCUGCACUGGAUUCAAGCAACACCAAAUUCAUGGCAAAAUUUCAUCGGCAACCGUACGGCAGAAAUCCAGCAACUAACGCAUGGCCAUUCAUGGAACCACGUGAGCGGAAACGAAAAUCCAGCGGACCACGUUUCGCGGGGAAUGCUUCCCAAGGAAUUGAUCGGAAACACUAUUUGGAGGAGUGGACCAUCAUGGCUAUCACGAGGAAAAAACGACUAG